GUGAUGAUUUCCUCGCUCCGGUGUUAGACCGGUUACUAGCGCUGCUCUACUCAGUGUUUAAUGCACUGCAAACGAUUGAAGGAUGUGGUCUUUUUUUUCGAGAGAUCCCGUUAAAGACUUCAACUAUGAAAUUUUAUCAGACAAUCAAGACAAAACCGGCAUAUGGACUCUUCAUCGUGGGAAACGCAAGACAACUGGGGAGCCGGUGUCUGUGUUUUUGUACGAAGUGGCCCAGGGUACAGAGGAGCAGACACAGCUGGCCAAAGCAGCAUUCAAGCGCAUGAAGACGUUGCGGCAUCCCAACAUCCUGGCUUAUGUAGAUGGACUGGAGACAGAGAAAAGCUUGUACCUGGUCACAGAACCGGUGACUCCACUUGCAGCACAUUUGAAAACUCAGGAUGAGAAGGGUGGGUCAGGAGAGUUGGAGAUUUCUUGGGGCCUUCAUCAGAUUGUGAAAGCACUGAGUUUUUUGGUGAAUGACUGCCAUCUUCUGCACAACAACCUUGGGAUGUGGGCUGUGUUUGUGGAUCGAGCUGGAGAAUGGAAGCUAGGGGGGCUGGAUUAUGUGACCUCAGACCAAGGAGAACCUUCCUCAUUACCCCCUGCUAAAGUAGUGAACCCAGAACUAGAGAAAUAUGACCCACCGGAAGGUUCCAAAAGUACAGGAGAGAAAUGGUCAGGUGAUGUGUGGAGGCUGGGUUGUUUAAUUUGGGAGGUGUUUAAUGGACCUCUGCCUCGUGCCUCAUCUCUGCGAUCACUUGGCAAGAUCCCAAAGCAGUUAGUAACACAUUAUUGUGAGCUGGUAUGUGCAAACCCAAAAACUCGGCCCAACCCGGCCCGCUUCCUGCAGAACUGUCGCACUCCUGGAGGCUUUCUCAGCAACAGUUUUGUGGAGAGUAACCUGUUCCUGGAGCAGAUCCAGAUUAAAGAGACGGCAGAGAAACAACAGUUUUUCCAGGACUUGAGUGAUAAUCUUGACUCUUUCCCUGAAGAUUUCUGCAAGCAUAAAGUCCUGCCUCAGCUCCUCACAGCGUUUGAGUUUGGCAAUGCUGGUGCCGUGGUUUUAACACCGCUUUUUAAGGUGGGAAAGUAUUUGUCCACAGAAGAAUACCAACAGAAAAUCAUCCCCGUCAUAGUGAAGAUGUUUUCCUCUACUGAUCGUGCAAUGAGGAUACGGCUUCUGCAGCAGAUGGAGCAGUUUAUUCAAUAUUUAAAUGAUGCAGCAGUCAAUUCCCAGAUCUUUCCUCACGUAGUUCACGGAUUCACAGACACAAAUCCAGCCAUCAGAGAGCAGACAGUCAAGUCCAUGCUUCUGUUGGCUCCCAAGCUGAACGAGGCCAACUUGAACCAGGAGCUGUUGCGUCACUUCGCAAGGCUGCAGUCAAAAGAUGAUCAGGGUCCCAUCCGCUGCAACACCACUGUUUGCCUGGGCAAGAUCGCCCCCUAUCUCAAUGCUAGUAUGCGUCAGCGGGUGUUAAUCUCAGCAUUCACACGUGCCACUAAAGACCCGUUUCCUGCAUCGCGUGCAGCAGGAGUGCUGGGCUUUGCUGCCACACACCACUAUUACAGUGUGGGUGAGUGUGCGAUGCGCAUCCUGCCCACCCUCUGCCCACUCACUGUGGACCCUGACAAGAACGUCCGAGACCAGGCAUUUAAAGCCAUUAAAAGUUUCCUAAAUAAGCUGGAGACUGUUUCAGAAGACCCAACUAAGCUAGCUGAAAUAGAAAAGGAUGUGAGUGCGUCUGCACAGGCAAGUAGUUCAGCAGCAACGUGGGCUGGCUGGGCAGUAACAGGAGUCUCCUCCCUUACCUCCAAACUCAUUCGCAAUGCUCCUGCAGGCACUGAGGGGGCAACAGCUGAAAACGCCCCAUCUGUUCAACCUGCAGCUGCUACCAGUGCCACAAAUACAGCAGAUUCAGAGGCAAAAGCACACACGACCUCUGUUUCUUCCUCAACUACUGUUACUAACAAAACAGAGGACACGCAUCCUACAGAACAGACAGAAGAGCCGGUCGGAGAUCGGUGGGACGAUGAGGAUUGGGGAAGCCUUGAGGACGCGGAGAAAGCGCAAACAGAUCCAGAUGACUGGAACUCUGAUUGGUCUACUAUGUCUUCAACACAGAAGAAAAGCAGUGGGGGGCAGACUUCUGUUGCCAUGAAAAAGCAGAGCUCUGAUUGGAGCAGUUCUGGAUGGGAUGCUGAUGAUAGCUGGUCUAACGAGAAGGAUACAGAUGGUCAGGGCCAGAGUUCACCAGCAGAUGAGGGAUGGGGCAACGACUGGGAAGAUGAUGGGGCGCUGGCAGAAAGUUUUGCCCAAACACCACACAGCACUGCUUUAUCUGGAUCUUCAGGCGUUCUUCCUAAAACUGCUAGUGCUAGCUCUGGACAGGAAGGCUUACGACUGACUAGUGAAUAUAACUGGGACAGUUCAGGUGCAAAAGGAACAACAUCUGACCUGUUCUCCGGCAUGUCCCAGAGGGCCGGCACUGCUUCAGCUGCUGUGAAGCCUGAAGAUGGCUGGGGAGGGAAUGCUGGAGGUGACUGGGGAACAGAGAACUGGGAGUCCUUAGAUGGCGAUCAGGGUUUUAGUAAGGCUGAAUUAGCCAAGAAGAAACGGGAGGAAAGAAGGAAAGAGUUGGAGGCCAAACGAGCAGAGAGGAAGGCAGCCAAAGGUCCCCUUAAAUUGGGUGCACGCAAACUGGACUAAGAGAGAACUAUCCUGGAACAGCGUGAGUCAGGUCUGAGUAUCAUGGUGGACCAGCGGCUGAACAGAGACGGAAGGAAAUUUAGUCAGUGCUAUUCUUAAGGCAAAAUUCCAUGAUGCCCCAUUGGUGGAAUGAAAGUUCCAAGCUGUCAUUGGCUCUUGGACAGGGUGGGGUGAAAGUGUGACAUCAUACUGUCCAGCCAGUAUCCUAGAUAUGCCUGAAUAAUGGACCAUACACCCUAAACUAAUGACAUAAGUUAUCUCCUGAUAUUAGAAUAGAGAAAUUACUCUUUUUUUUUUUUUUACAGUAUCGAUACAUCAAUUGUGCAUGGACACUUGUUGGUAAAUGGCACUGGGAGUUAAACACUCUUUUUUUUUUUUUCUUUUUUUUUUAUAUUAAAAAAUAUAUGUUCUUCAACCUUGGUAAUGUAGUAUGUGUGUAUGUUGAAUAUACACUUCAUACUGUAUUCUCCUGCCCCUGAAUGAACAGUUAUGACCUUUGGCCCAGACUGGAAGGCUGCUUGUAUGUGUGUAGCAAUCACAAUCCUGUGACAAUCCCAGGUUGAUUUACAUAAUUCCAGUGCAUGUAUGAAUAAUUAAUAUAUGUUACAAAACAAAAUAUCUGAUACCUGCUGUGAUGGGGCCCAUGAACAUGUGCGAAGAGAUUAUUCUCUGUUUUUAUUGUGCCUUUUUCAUUUCCUUUGAAGCUGGGCUGAGAUGCUUGAACAAUUUUUUUUUUUCUUUUUUCUUUUUUUUUAGUAUGUUGUGUUGAGAUUAUUUCAGUCUGAAUGUUAGUUUUAUGAUCAGGUGCAAUAUCUUAAGAAAGACAAAUCCUGUAUUACAUACACACAUUACACCCUUAAGUAAUUAUAUUAAUAAAAUCCUAAGGGAGCUUGUCUCUUCAGAUGAA